AAUACACACGGUUUCUUCUAACCAAAAAAACAAAAAAAAAGGGACAACGUUGCAGACGUUCGUACAAUCCCAUCCUUGGGAUAUGGAUUUCUGGCCGGAGUUUAUGGCGACCAGCUGGGGACGAGAGUUCGUCGCCGGUGGUUUCGGAGGUGUUGCCGGAAUCAUCUCCGGCUACCCCUUGGACACCCUCAGAAUUCGCCAGCAACAGAGCUCUAAAUCAGGAUCUGCCUUCUCCAUUCUCCGGCGGAUGCUCGCCGUUGAGGGUCCCACCUCUCUCUACAGAGGCAUGGCUGCGCCUUUGGCCUCCGUCACUUUUCAGAAUGCUAUGGUAUUCCAGAUUUACGCCAUAUUCUCUCGCUCCUUUGAUUCCUCUGUUCCUCUGGAAGAGCCUCCUUCCUACAGAGGCGUUGCUCUUGGAGGUGUUGCCACCGGUGCUGUCCAGAGCCUCUUGCUCACCCCUGUCGAGCUCAUCAAGAUUCGUCUCCAGCUUCAGCAGAGCAAGUCUGGUCCCGUCACCUUGGCCAAGAGCAUCCUUAGGAGUCAGGGCCUCAAGGGGCUUUACAAAGGCCUCACCAUCACUGUGCUCCGAGAUGCUCCCGCUCAUGGCCUCUACUUCUGGACCUAUGAGUACGUCAGAGAAAGGCUUCACCCCGGCUGCCGAAAGACCGGACAAGAAAACCUCAGGACCAUGCUGGUCGCUGGUGGCCUUGCUGGAGUGGCCAGCUGGGUCGCUUGUUAUCCUCUUGAUGUCGUCAAGACCAGACUGCAACAAGGUCAUGGGGCUUACGAGGGCAUUGCCGAUUGUUUUCGCAAGAGCGUCAAACAGGAAGGCUAUACCGUUCUCUGGCGUGGCCUUGGCACUGCAGUUGCCAGGGCCUUUGUGGUCAACGGUGCUAUCUUUGCCGCUUAUGAGGUCGCCUUGCGGUGUUUAUUCACUCAAUUGCCAUCCCCUGAUCCUGAUGUUGUCAAAGGAGAGUGAGUGAGUAAAGGGCAAAGAAGAUUCAUUAGUUGCAGCCUGGACCUGUGAAUGUAGUUAAAUAUUAGCACAUAGUUUGAGAUGGAUAUGGAUUGCAUUCGUCUAACAAAUCUGACUCGCUUUA